AUUAGAAACAAAGAUGACAUGGUCCCUAAAUGAAGGUAACUUUUUUCCUAAAAACAUGAAUUAUUAUUUGAAACUUGUGCAUUUUUAUCAAGCACACAAUUAUUUAUAUUUUCACCCAAAAAUAGAAAAAACAAUUUAAUAUUAUAUUAUAUGAUCUUGAGAUUUGUUCUUCUCCGUCUUCCCUACGUCGUCUUCUUCAUCACCUCCAUAAUAACCAAUAAUUCAAUUGUGUUAAAAACUCGUUCACUCGCUUGCUCACUCACUCGGUCACUCACUCGGUCACUCACUCCCUCACUCGCUUACUUUCGCUCGCUCUCUCAUUGGUGCGGUUUGAUACUCUGAGAACUUCCGUGUUGGAGAAAUGGAGGCAGUCGGAGUGAUAAAAUUGAGCAAUUGUUUGCAAAAUCGGCAGCAAAUUCAACGUCAAUUCACCAAAUUGAACAAUCCUAAUUUCAGGUUUUUGAGGCCAUUGUAUUGCAAGUUACCUUCUUCGUCAAUUUCUCGCACUCGGAUUUUGUGUGGUGUUUCCUCUGUUGAAACUCGAGAGGAGGAAGAGAUGAAAAGUAAAACAAAAUCAAGACAUGGAAAGGUGCUGUUGAGGAUUCUGUUGGAGCAUCAAGUACAAUUUGGAGAGAGUGUUGUGAUGUUUGGCUCGGCCGAAGCACUGGGAUCAUGGACGAACCCGGUGACAAUGGGAUGGACAGAGAACGGAUGGGUUUCGGACUUUGAAAUGAUAGGAGGAGAGUCUGUGGAGUUCAAAUUUGUGAUAAUGGGGAACGAUAAAAGUUUAUCCUGGGAAUCUGGGGAUAAUCGCAUGCUUCAAAUUCCAAAGAAAGGGAAUUUCACAUUGAUUUGUCACUGGAACGUGACAACGGAGGCUCUGGAGCUCUUGCCUGCUGAAUCUAGAGAUGGCCCGGACCUGAUUGAGGGUUUGGUUGAUAACGGGUCUGUUGUUAGUGAUGCUGCUGCUACAGAUACAGAAGAUCAGACAAGCUCUUUUGUGGGGCAGUGGCAGGGGAAGGCUGCCACAUUCAUGCGGUCCAAUGAGCAUCACAAUAAUGAAAGAGAUCGAAAGUGGGACACUUCUGGUCUUGAAGGUUUAGCUCUAAAAUUAGUUCAAGACGACCAGAAUGCGAGGAAUUGGUGGCAGAAGCUUGAAGUAGUUCGUGAACUAGUAGUUGGAAAUUUGGAUAACAAUGACCGCUUGGAGGCUCUUACACUUUCUGCUAUAUAUCUUAAGUGGAUAAACAUUGGACAAAUCCCUUGCUUUGAAGAUGGAGGCCAUCAUCGACCAAACAGGCAUGCUGAGAUUUCGAGGCUCAUUUUUCGUGAGCUGGAAAGAAUUUACUGCAGGAAGGAUACCUCCCUUGAGGAAAUGCUUGUUAUUCGCAAGAUUCAACCCUCCUUACCGUCAUUUAAAGCUGAAUUUACUGCAUCUGUUCCUCUGACUCGAAUUAGAGAUAUUGCUCAUCGUAAUGAUAUCCCUCAUGAUCUUAAGCAAGAAAUCAAGCAUACUAUACAAAACAAGCUCCACAGAUGUGCUGGACCUGAAGAUUUGAUUGCUACAGAAGCUAUGAUGGAAAGGAUUUCCAAAAAUCCCGGGGAGUAUAACGGUGCAUUUGUUGAGCAGUUUAAGAUUUUUCUUCAUGAAUUGAAGGACUUCUUCAAUGCUGGCAGUCUUGUUGAACAGCUGGAAUCGAUCAAGGAUUCCCUGGAUGAAAAAGGCUUGUCUGCUCUUACUGUAUUUUUACAGCAAAAGAAGAGUUUGGAUGACUUGGGCGGGUCAGAUGAAGUAGUAGAUAAACUAUUGAAGCCCAUGCAGUCUCUAAAUUCACUAAGGGAAGUACUGAUGAAGGGUCUUCAAAGUGGCCUUCGAAAUGAUGCAUCUGAUGUGGCAAUUGCAAUGCGUCAAAAGUGGCGUCUAUGUGAAAUUGGCCUUGAAGAUUAUUCUUUUGUUCUUUUAAGCAGAUUCCUCAAUGCACUAGAAGCUUUGGGAGGGGCAGGUUGGCUGGCUAAAAGUGUGGAGUCAAAGAAUGUUACAUCAUGGAAUGAACCGCUUGAUGCCCUUGCUAUUGGAGUUCGUCAGUUAGGACUAUCAGGCUGGAAGUCAGAGGAAUGUAUUGCAAUUGGGAAUGAACUCUUGGCAUGGAAGGAUAAAGGUCUUUCUGAAAAGGAAGAAGGAAACGAAGAAAGAAAGAGGAUUUGGGCUCUAAGACUUAAAGCUACUCUUGAUAGAUCACGGAGACUGACUGCAGAAUACUCUGAUGCCCUACUAGAGAUAUUCCCGCAAAAAGUUCAGGUGCUGGGUAGAGCUCUAGGAAUAGCUGAGAAUAGUGUGAGGACAUAUACAGAGGCCGAGAUCCGUGCAGGCGUGAUUUUUCAGGUCUCUAAAAUCUGUACCAUUCUUCUGAAAGCUGUCAGACUUUUGCUAGCAUCACAAGGUUGGGAUGUUAUUGUCCCAGGAACUGCUUAUGGAACAAUUGUUCAGGUUGACAGCAUCAUACCUGGGGCACUGCCUUCAUCUGUAACAGGACCCGUCAUUCUUGUUGUUCGCAAAGCUGACGGAGAUGAAGAGGUGACAGCUGCAGGAACUAAUAUAGUUGGAGUCAUACUUCUGCAAGAACUACCUCACUUAUCCCAUCUUGGUGUACGAGCACGACAAGAGAAGGUUGCCUUUGUGACCUGCGAAGAUGAUGAUUCAGCUUCAUAUUUCAAGAAGCUUAGUGGACAAUACGUCAGGCUGGAAGCAUCUUCAGGAGGGGUUGAUAUACAGCCAUGUUCUCCUGAUGAAACACAUCGUGAUCCCAUCAUAGACAUUCCUCCAAGUCAUGACACACCUAAAGAAGGACCUGUUGACUCUGAUGAUUCCUCCUCUCUGAGCAUAGAUCCACAAUCAAGCGAGGUAAAUCCGUCCGAAGUUGUCAUUCUACUUGCUGACGCAGAACCACGUACUUGUGGGGCAAAGGCUGCUGCUUGUGGACGUUUGUCUUCUCUGUCAGAAGAUGCUGUUAAAGUUUACAACGAACACGGAGUUCCUGCUUCUUUUAAAGCCCCCGCUGGAGCAGUUAUCCCGUUUGGUUCUAUGGAGUUGGCAUUAGAGGCAAACCAGUCUUUGGAAGCAUACAAGUCCUACAUAGAACAGAUAGAAACUGUGGAGGUUGCAGAUGGAGCCCUUGACAAGCUGUGUAGUGAGCUUCAAGAACUGAUAUGUUCUCUACAGCUCUCGAAGGAUGUCAUUCAGAAAAUAGCAGAAAUAUUUCCGACAACUGCUCGUUUAAUUGUGAGGUCUAGUGCUAAUGUAGAGGACUUGGUGGGAAUGUCAGCAGCCGGGCUAUACGAUUCUAUUCCAAACGUCAGCCCGUCAAACCCUACAGUCUUUGCUAGUGCUGUCAGUAAGGUUUGGGCUUCGCUGUACACUCGCCGAGCAGUUCUUAGUCGUCGGGCUGGUGGGGUACCCCAGAAGAAGGCCCAAAUGGCAGUUUUAGUACAAGAAAUGCUUUCCCCGGAUUUAGCAUUUGUACUUCACACCCUUUCCCCAACAGACAAUGACAGAAACGUGGUCGAGGCUGAGAUUGCUCCUGGUCUUGGUGAAACACUAGCAUCAGGCACCAGGGGUACUCCGUGGCGUCUAUCUUCUGGAAAAUUUGACGGUUCUGUAAAGACAUUGGCGUUUGCUAACUUCAGCGAAGAGAUGAUAGUGGGCAGAGCUGGAAACGCUGAUGGUGAAGUUAUUCGUUUGACAGUAGAUUAUAGCAAGAAACCGCUGACUGUUGAUUCUGUUUUCAGGAAGCAGCUUGGUCAGCGACUCUGUGCUGUGGGUUUUUUCCUAGAGAGGAAAUUCGGGUGCCCUCAGGAUGUCGAAGGAUGUUUGGUUGGCAAUGAUGUUUACAUCGUUCAAACGCGACCUCAACCUCUCUAAACCUAUUCAUAUCUACUCUACCAUGACAUCUCUUGAAUCUUGCAUGGUAUUUGAUUAAUUACUAUCAUAUCUAUAUGUAUUUAUUUACCGUUUUACAUAAUAGUAGUAUGAGAGCAUCUUCAUAAUCUUCCACUCAGCUAGUGAAUCUUAAACUUGAGAAACUCCAAUAAUGAAUAAUGGAAUAGAAGUUUUGUGGUAGUAAUAAAAAUAUCUGUUCUAUUCCUUAUUCUUAAA